UAAAAUUAUAACGUCGAGUGUAAAAGGCCGGGAUGGCCGCGGAUGACCGUUUUCUCUCUUGACCGCGUUCACGCGGCCUUUUUUCCCUUUAAUAUAUUGCGUUCGAAAAUUCAUAAGAAAACUUCCAUAGUUCACGAUUAUUUUGAUUAUUCCUAGAGACCCUUUGAGGGUCUCUAAUUAUUCCGUGCUGACAGCGUCACUCUAGAAAGAAAAGGCGGGAAACUCAGCACAACAAACAUGGUGGAAAGUAGGUAGAAAAGUAGGAGAAAAGGAAUGGUGUAAACAAAAGAGAAGGGAAUAACAGGUUGACGGUUCAUUAUAGUUACAGUUUCGAGGGAGACGCCGGAAUGGAGCCGCCGCAGGAAUUUCCAUUUCCCUUCCCGGCAUACGAAAUCCAGAAGCGAUUUAUGAGAGAGCUCUACGGUUGCUUGGAAGAUGGCAAGCUGGGCCUAUUCGAAAGCCCCACGGGGACCGGCAAGUCCUUGUCCCUCAUUUGCGGUGCGCUUAGGUGGCUGGUCGAUCACGAGACGCGGAGGAAGCGGGAGUUAGUUUCGGCGAUCGCGGAGAUAGACGGCAAAUUAAAGAGCUGCGAGGAACCGUCAGAUAAUUGGUUUACCGUGCAGACGGAGCAGAUGGAGCUCAACGCCGAGAAACAGCCGUUGCAGGCCAAGCUGAACGCACUCCUCGAGUACGAGGGCGAGAGGGAGAAGCUCAAGAGAAUGGUUGAAUCAAGGAGGGCCGCGCGAACGAAGACCACUGGGAAAAUAAGGCAGCAAUCCACCAAGGGAGCUCCCGAGUCAAAUAAGAAAACUGAGGAAGGGUACUCCGAUAUCUGUGACAUCGAGAAGGAUCUCGUCUUGGAAGAUGGACCGUCAAACUCGGAGAGCUCUGAGGAAGAGGACACGGACGAGCCGUUAUUUAAGAACACCAAGAUCUUCUUCUGCUCCAGAACGCAUUCACAGCUGACGCAGUUUGUCCACGAAUUGAAGAGGUCUCCUUAUUCUCAAGACAUCUCUGUAGUGCCCCUGUCGUCGAGGCAAAAUUACUGCAUCAACAAAAGUGUCAAGAGAUUGAAGCACAUCAAUCUUAUCAAUGAAAUCUGCCUUCAGCUGCAGAGGAAAAAGACUACCGUUAAGAAGGAGAAGGAUCUGAAGAGAUCGAAAACCGCGAGCGGCUGCCCGUUUAUACCGGGCGAUCAGAAACUGCUAACGGCGGAGGUUCUAACGGACAUUCAGGACGUCGAGGAGAUAACGCGGAGAGGGCAGGAAAGUAACACCUGUCCGUAUUACGGCUCGAGAAAAUCUCUGCAGAGUGGACAGUUAAUAUUGGUACCGUACAACUCCAUCCUUCACAAGAACACAAGAGCCAGUUUAGGGAUAGAUCUGAAGGGGAAUGUGUUGAUAAUCGACGAAGCCCACAAUUUGCUGGACGCCAUCGAGGGAAUGCACAGUUCUGUGAUCACCGGACGAAAUUUGCUCCACUGCUACAGUCAGCUGUUGCAAUAUCAGAAAAGAUUUGAAUCUCUGUUCUCCGCCAAGAGCAUGAUGUACCUGGGCCAAUUAAGUUUUUGCCUGAAGAAGCUUCUAACGCUCUUCGGAGCAACAACGAAAUCUCAUCCCAACGACGAGCUCGACAAGACAGUGGCACCCAGAUUAUACAAAAUUGAAGAAUUCGAAGUGUUUACAGAAAUUGACACAGUAAACAUAUUCAAGCUAUUGGAAUUCGUCAAAGCUUCAAAACUCGUUCAUAAAUUACAAGGAUUUGUCGAGCAGUACGGCAGUGAUGUAAAGAUCAACGAGCAGAAGAUAAAGAAAUCCGGCAUGACGGAAUUUUUAAAUUCGAUCAAGGGCAAUGAUGUACCCUCUCGAGAAACCGUCAGCGUUGCGGACGCGCCGAGUAACAACGACGAACCGACGAGCAAUCCAUUGAUGGCGAUCUUAAGCUUCCUGGAGUGCUUAAAGAGCAGCUGCGUGGAUGGUAGAAUAUGCGUUUUACCUGGCACUACGGUCGGACAAGGGAUUAUAAAAUUUCUCUUGUUAAACCCAGCCGCACAUUUUCACGAUAUCGUGAGAGAUGCCAGAUCUGUGGUGUUAGCCGGUGGCACGAUGGAACCGAUGUCCGAGUUCAUAGAUCAGCUGUUCUUGAUGGCGGGUGCUACAUCAGAUAGAAUUAUGACAUUUUCGUGCGACCACGUGAUUCCCAAGGAGAAUAUCAUUUCCAACGUCGUGAUGCGUGGCCCGACUGGAGUCGAAUUCGAAUUUAAUUUUCAUAAUCGACAAGAUACGAGAUUGCUGGACGAAUUAGGUAGAGCGCUGUUAAAUUUAUGUAACAUUGUACCAGCUGGAAUAGUAGUGUUCUUCCCAUCUUACAACUAUGAGGACACGGUGUUUAAGCAUUUAGAUAAAUCUGGUAUUGUAUCGAAAAUUUCUGCAAAGAAACGCAUCUAUCGUGAACCCAAAUUAGCAUCACAGGUUAAUACAGUGUUAGAUCAAUAUGCGCAUUCCAUUAAGAAUCCACAAUCCCCAUGUAAUGGAGCAUUGCUAUUCAGCGUAGUGGGAGGUAAAUUAAGCGAGGGAUUAAAUUUCUCUGACGAUUUGGGCCGAUGUGUUAUAGUCGUUGGCUUGCCGUAUCCUAACAUUAAAUCACCGGAGUUGCAAGAAAAGAUGAAAUACUUAAACGAGCAUGUUAAACCCGACGCCGGAAGCUGCUUUUACGAAAAUUCUUGCAUGAAAGCAGUGAAUCAAUGUAUUGGCCGAUCCGUUCGUCACAUCAAUGAUUACUCGACUGUUGUAUUAUUAGACAAACGUUAUUGUCACAAAGUCAAAGUACUACCUCAAUGGAUUCAACGCUCCGUGACGAUCAACGAUUCAUUUGGAUCUGUGGUUGGUAACAUCGCAAAGUUUUUCGCAGCGAAAAGAAUCAAGAAAGUUUAAAUCUGUGAUAAUAAAAGUGAUGCGAUCGGUAAAUUAAUUGAAAUUAUUACAACAUUAUUAGCAUUAAUGUAAUAAUAUCUAUAAUAAUUUUUCUAUUAUUAAAC